UGACCCCCACCCCUUGCAGCUCCAGUCCAAUGCGAAUUGCUCUGCAGUGCGGGGGAGGCGGUGGUCUCUGCACCCCCCCCGGUAUUCCUGGGGAGCACACUUGCCUGGCCCCCAUCCUCCCCUCGGUUCCAUGGAGACCCCCUUGGGCCCUCGCUCUGGAGACGGGUGGUCUCUGGAGUCCCCCGGAAUGGAUGGGGAGCCCCCAUGUGAGCCCCAUCCCCGACCUGGUGCAGACCCCACGCCGUGCCCCCUGCAGUGGGGAGAUCGUGCCACCCUUUUGCAUUUUGGGGAGGGGUCUGGGCUCUGGGUGCCCCCGCUGUGGCUGGGGAACCCCCCAGCCUGACCCAUCAUUCCCAGCCUGCUUCCAUGGAGACCCCAGCGAGAUCCCUGCCCUGUUGUGGGGGGCGGUCUCUGGGUACCCCUGCGGUGGACGGGGAGCCCCAGCCUGGCCCAUCCCCGGUGUGGGCUGGCACAGGGAGGUGUGGGGGCAGCCUUUAUGGGGCACAGGCUGGGCCCGGGGUUCAUGGCUCCCGCAGGCCCUGAGCGCUCAGCCCAGCGGGGCCUGUCCUUGCUGAGGGGCUGUGCUGAGCAGGGACAGCAAACAGCCCUGGCAGCCUCUGCCCCACAGCUCUGCCCUGGCACUCGGCUCUCCCCGUGUCCCCAGGGGCUCUGCCUUUAUGGUGCUGUCACCACGUGCAGGAGCAAAGUCUGUGGGGUUCACAGCUGCUGCUCUGUGAACUGGAUAACCCUUCUGACAGCCUUCCCUGUGUGUGGGGGAGUCUGCAGCCUCCUCAAGGUCUGGAGGGGAUGUGUGGCCCUGGGCACCCUGUGCUGCUCUCGAGGAUCUGGCUCCAUGAGAGGCAGGUGCAGCCCCAGGGGCUGGCGCUGCCCUGGGCUGCUGCUGAAGCCUCCCCAUGUGGGCAGGGUGGCUGUGGCCAGCAAGGUGCCCUGGGGAACAUCAGGCACCCCCUGUGUGGUUGGUAGAGGUGGAGGCAGGCCUGGCAAGGCCAGGAGCUGGCUGUGCUGUGUGCCCAGCAUGGGAAAAGGCCCUGGCAUCAGAAAUGCUGUGUGGGCAGAGGCAGUGCUGGACGUGUCAGGUGAUGGUGGGGGGUAGGAUUUUCAACUGAGUGCUGAGGGAUGGUUCCUGGAGUCUCUUUUGAUGAGCAUGAGAGCUGCUUCAUUUGUGCUCUCCUCUGCUCCUGCUGUGCUUCCAGGUAUGGCUUUUGUUCUAGGCUGUAGCUUCUUUCCUUUUCAUUGCAGCUGCAAUCCCCAAGAAAACUUUUAAUCUGCAUUUUCUCACCUAACCCUGCCUAGCCUGGGAUCAAAGCUGGUGAUAAGAGCAUAGCCCUGUUGUUAUUGUGAGCUCAAUCUUAUGAAAGGAAUAUCCACAGCCUACAGAGCUGUAAUGACUAACCUGAGCCUCACAGCUCCAUAGUGCAUAUUUGCACAACCUCUUUUUCUCUCUGCACCUGCUCACAUCCCUCUCCCUGUGAGUGCCCUUGCUUUGGAGGAUGACAGUGAGUAACACCAGAUUCUCCCUCAUCUCUGGCAGCCAGAGGAAGGGCCCAGGCUGAGCCCAUGGCCUCACUUUGGGGGCAAAGCCCUUUGUAUGAUACUCUGUGGAUGUCUUGUGGUCAGUGAUGCUGGGAUGCACAACUGUGAUGGACACAGAUGUGCUGGCAGAAGCCUUGCUGCAGAAGGGUUGUGAUCAAAGCCAUCCAAUGGAAGCAUGGAAUCAGCUACAGCUGUGACAACGCAUUUGUUACUUUAGCAAAGGCAGUGCUGAGGAUUUGACUGAAUUUUAGUCUGUCGUGUUUUAUUAACUUCCCUCUCUGCAGAUGGUACAGGUCAGGGAAUGGCAGUGCCUGAGACCAUCCUCACCAGCCCUGCUGGCCAUGGGCUCUGGUGCUGUCUCCUCUCCCCUUGCCGUGAGCCUGCUCUGCUGGCCCAGCCCUGGGCAGCCCAAGGGGUGAGGAGCUGGUCUCUGGAUGGGCUGAGAUAUUGCUCUGCUCAACACAGCCUUGCCAGGGCCACUCUCAAGAGCUGCAUGUGAGCUGAGGCCUCCCAGCACUGAGAUCCCUUUCCAGCGCCUUGCAGAGGGAUCUGGGCCUGUCAGUGAGGCAGAGGAGACAGCUCUCACUGUGUUUCCAGUAUUUUGGCUCUGCAGGGCUCUUAAGGAAAAUUUCAUGUUUUGCCUUCAAAGAUACGUCCUCUCAGAGACUCUGCCCUUUUGUUUUCUCUCUUUUCCCUCGGCAGUAAGGUUUAUUCACAGAACCACAGACAGAUUUGGGUUGUAAGGGACCUCUAGGAGUGUCUGGUCAUUCUGAUCUGCUCACGGCAAAGCUGACUUUGAGGCUUUGUUCAGAGGUAUGUCCAGUUGUGUUUUGAGGGCCUCCAGGCAGUCUGUGGCCUGUCCCAGGCUGCAGCACUCCUCUGGAGAGUCACCUGCUGUCCCUGCAGCUGUCCUCUCCAGCUGCUUGUGGGAUGUGCCAGGACACUUUGUCAGGUGUUCUGAUGCCUUUCUGCAGCAUUUGGGCAACAGGUAGACAGACCUGAUGACCAUCUGGUUUUUACCAUUUCCAGGUCUCCUAUUUUUUUUUUUUUUUUUAAUAAUUGUCUUGAUAUCAUUAAGGCAGUUUGGGCACACACUGCUCAAGCAUGCUGUACCUCCAAGCCUUUUUUGUUGUGCUUCCGAUAGUACUUCCAAAGCCUUUUUACCCACUCACCCCUUUCCCCUGCAUUUAACACUAUUUUGGCUGUACAAACACCAGGAGGAUUUUCUCUUGGACUUGAUGGCUGAGUGGAGUUGGUUCUUGAGGCUGAGUUGCUCUCCAUACAGCAUUGCUGCUGAGGGUGUACUUGGAUUUGUUACUCUUUUCUCUGUUGCAAAGCCUUGACACUCAGUGCUUUGGGAGAUCCUGGUCUUAGGAGGUGUGAGGGGAUCCAAGGCAUUUCAAACUGCUGCCAGGAUGGCAUUCUGGAUGGAUGAGGAUGCUCCUGUUGCCUGUCCUAGCAUUUACUGCUGUGGUUAGCAUUAGAUAAUGCUGAGAUUGAGGAAUGUUGUCAGUUUUAUUUGAAGUGUUGCAGAGAGUCUCCUGGUAAACCUAAUUCCAGGCAAUUCUGUGAGAUUUCUGAAAUUUGUCCUUCUUGCACUUUGUUGAAGCUGAGGUGAAGUUUCUGGAAUGCAAACUCAAAAUCCAGUUUGGUUGUUCCUACCUUUGAGGAAUUUACAGGAGACUCAUGGCUGUGUGUUACAGCACCAGCUGCUCAGUGCUGGAGGAUUUUCUGGCUUCAGGGUGACAGUGAUACUUCAUUUGAGGCCUGCAGCCCUGAGCUGGGGCUCCUGCUGUAGGAAAAUCUAGUGGUGAUCUGCUUUCCUGGCUUUGGGACUAACAAAAAACAAUUGCUGGAGUCUCAGUGCUGCUGGUGAAAUUCUGGAAAGGCCCUUUUUUUCCCUGUGUGCCAGUUACUGUUGUGUGGACAGUCCCAGUGACACUGGAGGCUGGCCUGGAGGGGAUGUGGUGAAAGCUGCUGCCCUUUGCACUGGUUGGGAGCCAAUCAUCCAUUUGGAGGUGGGACAAUGUUCACCAAACCCUCCCUGAAAGGCACAAGGACUUGACCACAGCAGCUGUGGCUGACUUGGAGUGAGUCACUGCAUGUAAAGCCUCCAAGUCCCAGAGGGUUUACAGAUCCCAUGGUCAGUUGUUUAAUCAUGUGUUUAUGGGCUUUGAUUUCCAGAUUUUUGCAUCCUUGAGUGCAUCUCUGUGUCUCCAAGGAGUUGUCUGCUGUAGAUCUUCUUACUUUGGGACUUUUUUGAGAUGGAUCACAUCUCUCCCAUUUCUUUUCAGGGAACAAAAUAGGUUUAUCUCUGAAGGGUGUUCUUUAAACCAUGGCUGAUUAUUAAAGCAGUGGGAUUCUUGUGUUACUGUGUCAGAUUUUUAUUUUUAAUUUGAAACAUCUCAGCUCUUCCAGUGACUGUGAUCAAUUGUAGACAGUAGCUAAGAAUGAGACAGCGAUGGUCUAAGAUGGCACAGUGUGCAAGUAGCACUGUACUGAAUGUCACCAAGGGGGCUUUGUGCUCUUCAGUUUGCAGCUCAGAGAGCUGCCUCUCCACAAACACAAGUAAGUAACAAAAAACUUUCUCCUCCUUUCUGGAGAAUUUUUUCUGGACUGGAACAUGGUCCACAGUAGUGUGCUUAAUUUACUGGUGAUUGUUUGUAAAUUCAUUUGGGUUGAAGUGAGUUAGCCAAUAUGUAAUAAAGGUUUGCAGUGCCUGAAUUUAGAAUGCUGUCAGCUGUCCAGAUAAACUCAGAUAAGUCACAGUGAAGUUGGCUUCUGCUGUACUCACCACUCAAAGUAUAAUAUUGUUGAUGAAGAUAUGUUGACUGAAACCGUGCUGGUAGGACAUGAUAUCACUUUCUUAAUGUUUUAUUCAUUGAACUGUGUAUUUACACUAUUUUUGUUGAGAAAUACUAGGUGGAGUGUUACUGUUGGUUCAAAAAUUUGGCACAAAAAAAUAGAAGCUUCUUCCAGAGAUCUGCUUAGAUCUUACAGACCUUGUAGAUGGGAGGUGGCUAAAAUGUUGAUUUAAGUCUCUUUUGUAGUUACUAGUUAAUUGUUUUCAUAUUUCAAAUUAUCUCUAAUAGUGAAAAAGAUAAUCCUUCAGCCUUCAAAAAUGUUGAAAAUCUGCAUACACAUCCAUGAACAGAAGUCCAGGACAGACACUCAAGCAGUUCCUGUUCCUUUGCCAGAGGACAGCAGUAACUGCAUGGCUGUGGGAUUUUUUUGUGGGCUGUAAAGACUUCUGAGAUGUUCUCUUCAUCAGGAGGGAGUAACAGCAGCAUUUUUUUUUUGCUGUCUGUUUUUAAUUAAAUGUUUGAUGGUAGAUCCUCAUUUCUGUAGGUAGGCCACAUAUUCCCCUGCUAAUGGUUACCUGAGUUACAGCACCACUGAUGUCUUUAAUAAGCUGGAUAAAGUCCCAGGAUGUGCUUAAGUGUCCUGGCAGAGAUGUUGCACUUUGAGCUUCCAGACCUGAGAGAAGAUGCCACGUGCCCCUCUUGGGCAGGUCUGGUGGUCACAGGUGGGUUUGGCCAUCAGUGCCGUGUUCUGUGCCAGUCCUGCACUCCUGGGGAGGACCCCCAGCUGUCCCAUCGCUCCUUUGCAAAUGCCUAUUGCUGCCUGAGAAGCAUUCUGCUGCAGGCUGCUGUGCUGGGGACUUAGCUCCUUCAACUUCCCAAGCAUCUAUCUCUUACUGGAUACUCCAGGGAAGUAGUAUUUACUCCUAGGUGAGGAGUUCCCAGAUGGAGCAGUUCUGUGUGCUGCUAGGUGCAGGAUUUCAGCACACUGCCUCCUCUUGGUUUGUUGCGCUGCACUCUCCUUGCUGCUAGUUAUGUGGCUGGAAAAGAAGAAGAUUUUGAGCAAACCAGUGACCAAACCCCAGUGACUGAGCUGUGCAUUAGCUGGUCCUGGAGUAAGAGAGGUGAUGACUUGUGGUGGAUCAUUUCAGCAUCUGCCAGAAACAAUAAGCUAUUCUGUUUCUGUUGUGGAAAGUGAGAAAAGACUUUCCCAGAGAUAAAGAGCACGCUCUGUUUGCAGCUUAACUCACUGUGAAGCUCAACAGAAGGCCCAGACAAAUCUGUCUGCCUGGGGCAGACAGAAGUAGAGCUUCUUACCUUGCUGCAGCAGAGCAGCUCUAAUUUCUUCAGGUUGAGUUUGAUUUCAGAGCAACCCACAGAACUGGAAAAUACCUUUCUUUCCUAUUUUGAGAGCCUCCUUCCUCGUUCUUAUCAGCUGGUAGUUGAAAGCCACUAUAAAGAAUUCAUUGUCAGGGAUAUUCUGUGCUUUCCCACUCACACUGUUUGUCAGCAUCACCUUGGGUCCAGCCUCAACUCUUAACUCCAUCAGCUUUUCCAGAUUCUUUUAAAUAUAUCAAGAGUUGGCAUUCAUUUGCCCUGUAUCACCUCGGAGCUCUGCUGCACAAGGUUGAAAAUAAACAAAAGGAAAAUACUUCUAAAACCUGAAUGUUAAACUGCAGGACUUAAAACCCACUGGAAUUUUAGGAGGUCCAAAGUGUAAAUUGGUUCAAAGUGGGAUUAGGCAGAUUCACAGAGGAUUUGCCCAGUACAGACUCUUAACAGGGACAUUGUCAGUGCAGGUCAAGCCAAGUGAGAUUCUUGGGCAGCUGAGUCCUUGACUGGGGGAUGUGCUGAAGAGGAACAUCCUGUUAGUUGUGUUUCUUACACUCUCUCCCCAGGUAUUCACAUUCCUGGUGUGAAUAGGAACAGGAUAUUCAAGCACAUGGCCCUUUCAUUGCUGCCCUGCAGCAGUCCUUAGCUUUGCAAUCCUAAGAAGUUUGAGUUCCUUCUCCAGAAUGUGUGAGCUGUUCUGCUGGGAGGGUUCAGACAGAACUGAUGAGAGGGGACAGGGCCUGGAGCACUGAGGGCUGUGCUUCCAAACAGAGCAUGUGAGUGAGUCAGUGCUCUCACUGCAGCCUUGCCUCUGCAGAGAGGUCUGUUCCAGCCACAUCCUGAUACUUUGGAGUUGCCUUAAUCUGCAGAAUGCUUCUUCUCUUUCAGACUUUUCUGUUGGUCAAGCACACUGCCAUUAAGUCAGAGUUUUGUCUUGCAUUGUAUCACCCAAAGUUUGAAAGCAGGUUAAGGUGUACACUGUUAACCCAGAUGCCUUUGGUCCACUUGUACCAUGAGUUACAGGACAAGUUUGUAGAUGGUUGCUUGCAUUAUGCUCUGGGAGGGAAUGCCCACAUGGAUUUCUUAUGCUCCAAAUGUUUCCAGGGUCUGUUUCUACCAAGCAAAGACUAGGCAGCUGAAAGUGGGAAUUACUUUAGGACCUUAGUGGUUCAUUGCAAACUUGUGCAAAGUGUCUGAGGUCAUUCUGAGGGGUAUGUUAGCUUUGUUAAGUAUACCUGUAAAUAAAUUUACCUUCUUCAUCUGGAUGUUUUGAGGUUUUUUUCUUAUUGUAGGGUCUGCUGUCUGUCUGUGAAACUGGGUGGGGAAUAUCUUUGAGCAGGAGACAUCGCUCAUAUUCUGAACAGCAUCUUGUUUAUCAUCUUGGAAGGGUUCUCAUCUUCAAACCCUUCGGACCUUUCUUUCAGAUACCUUUGUUUCUAUUUCACUUUGUUCUUAUUUCUGUCAGCCAACCUAAAACAUGUAUUAGAUCCUGCAUUGCUCUGGAAUUGGCUUAUUCUAAAAGUUCUGUCUCAUCUUAUUACUAAAAGUGAAUAGAAACAUGAAAAUCUUUGGGGGUGAAACUUGCUGAGCAUUUCUAAAGAUUACAUUUGCUUUAGUUUCUGAUUGGGAUUGUAGGAACAAUGCUUUAUCUACCACCAGGAAACAGAAAACAUUACUGUGUAUUUAGAUAAAAUAAGGAGGUGGUGGCUUUGAAGUCCAGUUGUUGGGUAUGAUUUCCUUAAAUUCCUGCUUGUCUAAGUUUCAGAAGCUGGGUACCUUCUCUGUCCAAAUAUGUUCUGUUUAGUUCUGAGCAAACCAUUUGUGAGUGAAAUUUUGCUUGUCCGUUCAGAGGGAAGGAUAUGAAAAAAAGAGCUAAACAGCCAUCAUCAGUGAAAUUAAAUCAGGCUUCCUCCUUCAUUGAUAGAGAUGAGUUAUGCCCACUGUAAGCCCAAAUAAACAAAAGUACUGUGUUUUUUCAUUCAGGGCUUAAAACAGUGCUAAAUUUAGAAUUGGAAUUACUCUGAUAGGAAGGGCUAGGUUGUUGCCACGUCAUUUGAUUCUAGUGCCUUUUUUGUAGUGCCUACUGAGAGCCUGUUUGGGGACAUGAUGUUAUUUCAAGUCUUGCACUGCUUUCCCACUUGCAGACUCCAGCUCUUUCUCUCUUUCCCUCUUCAGGUUUGUCAACCAUUAUCUCCUUGUGGGGGUAUAAUUCAGUUUUAGACCAUAUUACUUGCCUCAUCUCUAAGUCUUGACCUUUCUGUUUUAUGAUGAUGUCAACCAUGAGGAGCUGGGCUGUAACUUUGCCUCUGAGGUUGGCAGUCUGCAUCACACCUUCCUGUUCAAGUCACUGUUGGUGCCCUGCAAAGUCACACUGAGCUUUUUUCCUGACUCUGCAUUGCCUGCUUGUGUCUAUCUUGCUACUUGUUCUUCUUAUGACUGCUUUUAACAUCACAGCUUUACCACCUUUCUUCUUGUCACCCUCCAGAACUCCUCCUAGUUCUAACUUAAGCUUUUCCAGUUGUUCCAUGUCUUAAUAUUAGCCUAUGUAAUUUUGGGGCUAUGCAGCUUCUGUAGUUAUAGUGUAAUAUUGUUCAUAUCUGUCCUCUGACAAGAUUAAUGUGUGUUGUCAUCCUGUGUCUUGUUAAGACUCACACUUCAGGGCUUGAAAGACUCACACUUGAGGCUUCUACCUCUGUGUUUAAGAGAAAAAAGGUAUUUUAAAAAUUAAAAAUGUGUUAGCUCCAUAAGAACAGAUCAGGAGAGAGGACAGACCAGAUUAUUUGGAUGGAGAAGAAGGCAGGCCAGGGAUAUUACCACAGGACAUUGGUGUGGAGCCUCCUGAAUUGGUGCUCUGAUACCCCAGUGUGUCAUUUAGCAUGAGCAAGUUUCUUUGCUGUGCUGUGGUGAGAUGUGUGAGGGCUGUAGAGUUCCCAAAGGUCUGUAACACCAAACUACUGCAUCCUGCUGCUGACUUUUGUACCCUCACAAGCAGAGGUGAUUCACCUGCUGGUGUCUGAUGUCCUGGUUAUGGCCUGGCAGCAUUCCUGGGCCUUGGUUUACUCCAGCAGUGUUCAGAAGAGUGCACAGUUCAUGUUCUGUGUUAGACUGCUUUUCAUUAACUUGCAAGUCUCUCUCUCAUUUCCAGUUGCCAUCUUCUAAAUGGAUUCCAGUGAAUUUUCAGGAUCUCUGGACCCCCUGUCCUUGCCUGACAAACCCCUCAUUGGUGAUCUCCCUGCUGACAUGGAGUUUGGUGAAGAUCUCCUGGGCUCCCAGACAGCUUCUACCCAGGAAGUUUCAGUUCUUCAGCCCCCUGGCUGGGAUCAAUCCAAGCAGAUGUCUGCAGAUGAGGACUUGGACCUUGUAGUGAAAGCAGACAACGUGCCUGAACUAAAUAAAUCAAAUGACUGUGUUCUAGAUAAACCUGGUGUCUUGGAUGUGCUGGAGAAACCUGGUGUCAGGGAUGAUUUGGGUAAAACCUCUGACUUGGUGGAUAAAGCAGAGGGUCUGGAUGGGCUGUGUAAGGAACAACCUUCCCAGGACGUGGAGGGUGGACCAGCAGACUCCUCUGCCCUGUCUAGAGAAGCUGUUGGUCCAGAAACAGGGAAAGAAGGGGAAGAUGCACCAAAAAAUUGUUCUGGGGAUAUAAAGGAAGAUGGUGCUGCUGCUAUUCCUGCACUGUCUGGUGACAAUGCCCCUAAAUCACCCCAACAACCUGUCCCUGACUCCAAGGACCUCAGCAGUGCCCCAGCCAAGGAAGAAACCACAGCACAGUCCUCAAGUCCCACAGUGCCCCCACCCCAAAUCAGUCUGAAACAAACAAAGAAGAUGAAGUUGAAGGCACCAAGGAAAAGCUCACCUUUGCAGAGGGAAGGGCUGGCAGGGGAAGCACAGGUGCAGCUGAGCCCAGACAGCAGAACUGCAGCUUUGCCCCCUGAGCCUGUGGAGAAAAACCGGGCAGAGGAAGGGGAUGAUAAUGGGAAGAACUCACUUAAAGAAAACAGUGCACUCAAAGCACAGGAAGCCUUACCACCAGCAGGAGAAAGCCUGUCUGGGAAGGGAAGCGAGCUGCCAGCUGAGAAGGAGCAGAAAAGAAGUGAACGACCCAGAAGAUCAGAAACUGUCAGGCCUGAGACUGUGAACUCCUCAGAGAGCAUUCCAGUGUCUGAUGAGGACUCUGAUGCGAUGGUGGAUGAUCCCAACGAUGAGGAUUUCGUCCCUUUCCGGACGCGGCGCUCCACGCGGAUGUCGCUGCGUGCUCAGAUGGCGCAGCGCGCCGCCCGCUCCUCCUUCACCAAGAUGACGUGUGCCAACUGCCGGACCCCGCUGCAGAAGGGCCAGACUGCCUACCAGAGAAAAGGCCUUCCCCAGCUCUUCUGCUCCAGCUCCUGUCUCACCACCUUCUCAAAAAAACCGCCUGGCAAGAAGAUAUGCACCUUCUGCAAAAAGGAGAUCUGGAACACCAAGGACUCUGUGGUUGCCCAGAUUGGUUCAGGUGGCUCUUUCCAUGAGUUCUGCACCUCUGUCUGCCUUUCCCUCUACGAGGCCCAGCAGCACAGACCAGCACCUCAGUCUGCAGAUGCCUCGGACACCAGCCGCUGCAGUGUUUGCCACAAACCUGGCGAGAUCCAACACGAGGUCAGCAAUGGGAACGUGGUUCACCGCAUCUGCAGCGACGCCUGCUUCACCAAGUUCCGGGCCACCAAGGGGCUGAAAACGAACUGCUGUGACUACUGUGGACUUUAUAUCUACAACAAGGGCUUGCCCCUGGAGUACCUCUUCCAUGAAGGCCAGCAAAAACGCUUUUGCAACUCUGCCUGUCUCAACAGUUACAAGAAGAAGAACACUCGGGUCUACCCCUGCAUGUGGUGCAAGACACUGUGCAAGAACUUUGACAUGCUGCCCAAUGUGGAUCGCAGUGGCAAGAUGGGCCUGUUCUGCUCCAUUUGCUGCACUACCUCCCACAAAGUGAAGCAGUCAGGCUUAGUUGGUCCCCCUAGACCCUGCAGCUUCUGCAGAAAGAGUUUAUCUGAACCCUGCUAUUACAACAAGACAGACCGGGUUGUCUACCAGUUCUGCAGCCCCAGCUGCUGGACCAAAUUCCAGCGCACCAGCCCCGAAGGUGGGAUCCACCUCAACUGCCAUUACUGUCACAAUCUGUUCAGCGGGAAGCCGGAGAUCCUGGACUGGCAGGACAAGGUGUAUCAGUUCUGCUGCAAGGACUGCUGCGAGGAUUUCAAGCGGCUGCGUGGGGUGGUGUCUCAGUGUGAGCACUGCAAGCAGGAGAAGCUGUUGCAUGAGAAGAUCCGUUUCUCUGGAGUGGAGAAGAACUUCUGCAGCGAAGGGUGUGUGCUUCUUUACAAACAGGAUUUCACCAAGAACCUGGGCCUGUGCUGCAUCACCUGCACCUACUGUUCUCAGACCUGCCAGCGGGCGGUCACCGAGCAGCUGGAGGGCAGCACCUGGGACUUCUGUAGUGAAGACUGCAAAAGCAAAUACUUGCUCUGGUACUUCAAGGCAGCUCGGUGCCAUGCCUGCAAGCGUCAGGGGAAGCUGCUGGAAACCAUCCACUGGCGAGGGCAAAUCAAACACUUCUGCAACCAGCAGUGUCUGCUGCGAUUUUACAAUCAACAGAACCAGCCCAACCUGGACACGCAGAAGGGGCCCGAGAGCCUGCUGAACAGUCAGACUUCAGAGCCAAAACCAGCUGUCCCUUCCACACAGAAGGCAGAAACUAACAUGCUGUCAGCAAAGGCCUCCUCAGCCCAAACCUCUCCAGCUGUGCCGCCUCCUGCCCCACCUCUGGUUCCAGCCACCCCUCGGAAAAACAAAGCUGCCAUGUGUAAACCCCUGAUGCAGAACCGGGGUGUCUCCUGCAAGCUUGAAAUGAAGUCCAAAGGAUGUCAGACAGAGGCUGACUGGAAGCCCCAGCUGGUUGUGUUGCCAAUCCCCGUCCCGAUCUUCGUGCCUGUGCCUAUGCAUAUGUACUGCCAGAAAGUACCUGUGCCUUUCUCCAUGCCUGUCCCGGUGCCUGUGCCAAUGUUCCUGCCCACCACACUGGAGAGCACAGAGAAGAUUGUGGAGACCAUUGAGGAACUGAAGGUGAAGAUCCCCUCCAAUCCCCUAGAGGCUGACAUCCUGGCCAUGGCUGAGAUGAUUGCAGAGGCUGAGGAACUGGACAAAGCCUCCUCAGAUCUGUGUGACCUGGUGAGUAACCAAAGUGCAGAGGGCCUCCUGGAGGACUGUGAUCUGUUUGGACCAGCACGGGACGAUGUGUUGGCCAUGGCUGUCAAGAUGGCAAAUGUCCUCGAUGAGCCGGGCCAGGACCUGGAGGCUGACUUCCCUAAGAACCCUCUGGACAUCAACCCCAGUGUGGAUUUCCUCUUUGACUGUGGGCUGGUGGGACCAGAUGAGGUGUCCACAGAGCAGGACCUGCCUCGAGCUGUGCGGAAGGGGCAGAAGCGCCUGGUGCUCUCUGAGAGCUGCUCCCGGGACUCCAUGAGCAGCCAGCCCAGCUGUACAGUGCUCAACUACUCCUAUGGUGUGAAUGCCUGGAAGUCCUGGGUACAAGCCAAGUACGCAGGGGGAGAAAGCAGCAAGGGAGAGGAGCUACGCUUCGGCCCCAAGCCCAUGAGGAUCAAGGAGGACAUCUUAGCCUGCUCAGCAGCUGAGCUCAACUACGGCCUGGCACAGUUUGUAAAGGAGAUAACGCGGCCCAACGGGGAGCGCUAUGAACCAGACAGCAUCUAUUACCUCUGCCUUGGCAUCCAGCAGUACCUGCUCGAGAACAAUCGUAUGGUGAAUAUAUUUACAGACCUUUACUACCUGACCUUCGUGCAGGAGCUGAACAAAUCCCUGAGUGGCUGGCAACCCACAAUCUUACCAAAUAACACAGUUUUCUCCCGUGUCGAGGAGGAGCACCUCUGGGAGUGCAAACAGCUGGGUGUUUACUCACCCUUUGUGCUGCUCAACACCCUCAUGUUCUUCAACACCAAGUUCUUUGGGCUGCAAACAGCAGAGGAGCACAUGCAGCUCUCCUUCACCAACGUGGUGCGCCAGUCCCGCAAGUGCACCACAGCCCGUGGCAUGACCAAGGUGGUGAGCAUCCGCUACUACGCUCCUGCCAAGCAGAAGAAAAGCCGAGAUGGCGGCUCUGGAAAACGGAAGCGUGAGGAGGAGGUUCCGAUGCUGGAGCAGCGGGAGAACAGGAUGAAUCCCCUCCGAUGCCCAGUCAAGUUUUACGAGUUUUAUCUCUCCAAAUGUCCCGAGAGCCUGCGGAACCGCAGCGAUGUGUUCUACCUGCAGCCCGAGCGCUCGUGCAUCGCCGAGUCCCCGCUCUGGUACUCGGUGAUCCCCAUGGACCGUAGCAUGCUGGAGAGCAUGCUGAACCGCAUCCUGGCCGUCAGGGAGAUCUACGAGGAGCACAGCCGCCUCAGCAACCUGGAGGACGACGUGGACUAAGGCAGAGGUGCUGCUGGACUGGCUGCACUCCAGCCCUGGACACCUCAUCUUGCUGCUUCCCAUUGCAGGGCAGGGGCCGUGCAGCAUAGGAAGGGAGGGUGCUGCAGCAGUGCUGUCCCUGCAUCAUUACCAGACCUGGACCUCCCAUCCUGCUCGUUACAGGCAUCCCCUACGUGCGUGGCCCCCACACUCAGCUCUGUCUCCAGUUCUGGCUGCUGGGUGAGCCAUCUUCCCCAGGGUCUGUUCCUAUGGCACAGGAGUGGCAGAGUCCCUGGUGCAGCUCCCCUUGCCCAGCCCUGUCCCUCCCCUACCCCAGCCCUGCCACUGCCCCUCUCUCCCUGUGCCCCAGGGCAGGAAUUGCACAAAACACAUUGCCCCAUUGGACCAGUGGCUCCCAAAGCUUUUACUUCCCUCUUCCUUUAGCAUUCCCUCACAAGGCUGGAGGCAUCAAGGCAGUAACAGUAGCUCUGCUGCUGGGGCAGGAUUGUAUUUUCAAGUCAGUGGGCAUGGGCCACAGGCAGCCUGAGAGCUGUUGGGUCAGGGGGAGAACUUUUGUCUCGAGGUGGGAGAGAUUUGGGUUGGUUGCAGGGAGUGGAUGGAGCUCGCACUGGAAUUUGUGGGCAGAGAUCUGGCCUUGCCACAGGGAUACCUCCCUUGUGUGCAGCCAGGAUGCCUCCCUCUCUUUGGUCAGUGUUUUCUGAGUCUGCUGAAAACUGAUGGAGAUGGGUCUGUACUAGUGCUGCCCCUCUCUCCCCAGUGUUCCCUGUCUUGGUGUAAGGACCCUCCCCCAUGCAAGGUGCCAUCAGUGGAAACCUCUGCUCCAGCCAGGGGCCCAGGCAUUUGCUUGCAGAAGCAGGGAGCCCUGCCUGGCCUCCCCCUCCCUCCCACAGCCACAGGCUGCCACUACCCUGCCCAGGGCAAGUCUGGCUCCAGCUGUGCCACUCCGUGCUGCCUCCUGCCCCUUCUCGUGUUCUGGUCGGUUUUCUUGAGCUGUACAUGGGUCUCCUGUUGAGCCUGUAUAUAUUGUUCUGGGCCCUGGCCUGGGGCCAUCUGUUCUCUGUGUCCAUGUGGAGAGUGAGCUGCUCACCAGUCUUGUUGUAGUGAUGCCAGGGCAGUAGGACUAACCCUGUGUCUCUGGAAACCAUUCAUUUCAAAUAAAGAUGUGGAAAACUUUG